GCGGUGGCGCAUGCGCGCUGGCUCCCAUUCUUCCCGUGGCAGCGGGGCGGGCGCAGCCAUGCAGCGCAGCGGGCGCCGCCGCCGGCACUGAGCGCCGUCCGGCCCCCGCCCCGCCGCCCCCGGCAGAAUGGCCUGCUGAAUUGGGAAUUAUUGCAGACUCAACAGUACAGCACAGCUCGUUGCUUCAUCUAUUACUAGUUAUUUAAAUUGGACUUUUAAUAUCCUGCCAGCUGCUGUUCACACACACAUGGUGCAUUGUUGCCAUUCUCAGAAUUGCAUCUUUGAAACCCAGACCCUCAGUAACCUUCAUCGAACAAAGAGGCGACCUCCUGCGUACGUUUAUAGAGGGAUUUUUCGGACCUACUGCCCUCUAGCUUUCUUGCUGGUGCUGUAUUGCUAAGACACUAUGGAGCCCAGUAUGGAGUACUGCUUAGCGCAGGUGCUGCAGAAGGAUGUUGGAAAGAGACUUCAGGUUGGCCAGGAAUUGAUAGAUUACUUCUCAGAUAAGCAGAAAUCAACUGAUCUCGAACAUGAUCAGACUAUGCUGGAUAAAAUGGUUGAUGGACUGGCCACUUCUUGGGUAAAUUCCAGCAAUUAUAAGGUGGUUCUCCUGGGGAUUGACAUCCUUUCAGCGCUGGUGUCCCGCUUGCAAGAUCGCUUCAAGGCUCAGAUUGGCACAGUGCUGCCAAGUUUACUUGAUAGGCUGGGAGACUCAAAGGACUCGGUGAGGGAGCAGGAUCAGACCUUGCUGCUAAAAAUCAUGGAACAAGCUGCUAACCCUCAGUACGUGUGGGACAGGAUGCUAGGAGGAUUCAAACACAAGAAUUUCCGGACAAGGGAAGGGAUUUGCCUCUGCCUUAUUGCAACACUCAAUGCAUCUGGAGCUCAGAGCUUAACACUGAGUAAGAUAGUGCCACAUAUAUGUAACUUACUUGGAGAUCCAAACAGCCAGGUUCGAGAUGCAGCAAUAAACAGCCUUGUGGAAAUUUAUAGACAUGUUGGUGAACGUGUAAGGGCUGAUCUCAGUAAAAAAGGAUUACCCCAAUCUCGGUUGAAUGUAAUUUUUACAAAAUUCGACGAGGUCCAAAAAUCUGGAAACAUGAUCCAGAGUUCAGGUGAUAAAAUUUUUGAUGAUGAAGACUCCGUGGAUGGGAACAGACCUUCCUCAGCUAGCUCCUCUACAUCGUCAAAGGCCCCUGCAAACUCACGCAGAGUUGGGAUGGGGACUGCCCGCAGAAUUGGGUCUGCAGCUCUGGGCUCCAAGUCUUCAACAGCCAAAGAGGGAGCAGGUGCUGUGGAUGAAGAAGACUUCAUUAAGGCAUUUGAAGAUGUCCCAACGGUUCAGAUUUAUUCCAGCCGGGAUCUUGAGGAAUCCAUAAACAAAAUAAGAGAGAUCCUAUCAGAUGAUAAGCAUGACUGGGAACAGAGAGUUUCUGCGUUGAAAAAGAUACGCUCCUUACUUUUGGCUGGAGCUGCAGAAUAUGAUAACUUCUUCCAACACUUAAGACUUUUGGAUGGAGCAUUUAAAUUAUCCGCCAAAGACCUGCGGUCUCAAGUAGUGCGGGAGGCUUGUAUCACGUUGGGACAUUUGUCAUCAGUUCUGGGAAACAAGUUUGACCACGGGGCAGAAGCCAUCAUGCCAACAAUUUUUAAUCUGAUUCCAAAUAGUGCCAAAGUCAUGGCCACUUCUGGUGUUGUAGCAGUUAGAUUAAUCAUUCGACAUACGCACAUCCCUCGAUUAAUACCCAUCAUAACAAGUAAUUGUACCUCCAAGUCUGUUGCAGUUAGAAGGCGCUGUUUUGAAUUUUUAGACUUGCUGUUACAGGAGUGGCAAACGCACUCCCUAGAAAGACACAUAUCAGUGUUAGCUGAAACGAUAAAGAAGGGAAUUCAUGAUGCAGACUCUGAAGCCAGGAUAGAGGCAAGAAAGUGUUACUGGGGUUUCCACAGUCACUUCAGCAGAGAGGCAGAGCAUUUGUACCACACCUUGGAGUCCUCCUAUCAGAAGGCCCUGCAGUCACAUUUGAAGAACUCUGACAGCAUCGUUUCCUUGCCCCAGUCGGAUCGCUCCUCCUCCAGCUCCCAGGAGAGUCUCAACCGUCCAUUGUCUGCCAAAAGAAGCCCUACUGGAAGUACUACAUCUAGAGCAUCUACAGUAAGUACAAAAUCUGUGUCAACACCAGGAUCUCUGCAGCGAUCCCGCAGUGACGUCGAUGUGAAUGCAGCAGCUAGUGCCAAGUCAAAAGUGACGUCUUCUGGAGCAUCCAUCCCCUUCAGUUCUGCUGCAGCCUUGCCCCCGGGCUCAUACGCAUCACUAGAUGGUACUACCAGUAAAACCGAGGGUCGGAUUCGUACAAGGAGACAGAGCUCUGGCAGUGCCACAAGCGUCACCUCGAUGCCUGCUGAUACCCGAGGCCGCAGCCGGGCUAAAGUAGUUUCCCAGUCCCAGCGAUCCAGAUCAGCUAAUCCUGCUGGUGCUGGUAGCCGGUCUAGUUCUCCGGGUAAGCUGUUAGGAAGCGCCUAUGGUGGCCUGAGCAGUGGAACAUCCAGAGUUCAGCCGGUGCCAUCAUCUUCAGAGAAGCGCACCAAGAUCCCCCGGAGCCAGGGAUGCAGUCGAGAGACAAGUCCCAACAGAAUAGGCCUAGCACGGAGCAGUCGUAUCCCCCGACCCAGCAUGAGUCAGGGGUGCAGCCGUGAUACCAGCCGUGAGAGCAGUCGAGAUACAAGCCCUGCUCGGGGCUUUCCUCCGCUUGCUUCUCGACGUCAUUCCAGGUCCACUAGUGCUCUCUCCACUGCUGAUUCUGUUGGGCAGUCAGACCGGUUUGGACUCGGGCAGCCAGGCAGGAUGCCUGCUUCGGUGAAUACCAUGCGAGUCCUGAGCACGAGCACAGAUCUGGAGGCUGCUGUGGCCGAUGCACUGCUGUUAGGAGACUCCAGGAGCAAGAAAAAGCCAGUGAGAAGAAGAUAUGAACCCUAUGGGAUGUACUCUGAUGACGAUGCUAACAGCGAUGCAUCAAGCGCUUGCUCGGAGCGCUCCUAUGGUUCCAGGAACGGGGGCAUUCCACACUACCUGCGUCAGACUGAAGAUGUGGCUGAGGUCCUGAACCACUGUGCCAGCUCCAACUGGUCUGAAAGGAAAGAGGGGCUCAUAGGUCUUCAGAACUUACUGAAAAGCCAACGGACACUGAGCCGAGUCGAGUUAAAAAGACUAUGUGAAAUAUUUACUCGCAUGUUUGCUGACCCUCACAGCAAGGUCUUCAGCAUGUUUCUGGAAACCCUGGUUGAUUUCAUCAUCAUUCAUAAAGAUGACUUGCAGGAUUGGCUUUUUGUUCUCCUGACCCAGUUGCUAAAGAAAAUGGGAGCAGAUUUGCUGGGAUCUGUGCAGGCAAAAGUUCAAAAAGCUCUGGAUGUCACGAGGGAUUCUUUUCCAUUUGAUCAACAAUUUAACAUUUUGAUGAGGUUUAUUGUAGAUCAGACCCAAACACCAAACCUGAAGGUGAAAGUUGCUAUCCUGAAGUAUAUUGAGUCCUUGGCAAGACAGAUGGAUCCAACAGACUUUGUGAACUCCAGUGAGACAAGACUUGCUGUAUCUAGAAUUAUAACUUGGACAACAGAACCAAAGAGCUCAGAUGUGAGAAAGGCAGCACAAAUAGUCCUGAUUUCUCUCUUUGAAUUGAACACUCCUGAGUUUACCAUGUUACUUGGUGCCUUGCCAAAAACAUUCCAGGAUGGUGCUACCAAGCUCCUGCAUAACCACCUCAAGAACUCCAGUAACACCAGUGUGGGUUCCCCCAGCAAUACCCUUGGUCGGACUCCUUCCCGGCACUCCAGCAGCAGAACCAGCCCCUUAACUUCACCUACCAACUGUUCCCAUGGUGGACUGUCUCCAAGUCGGUUCUGGGGUUGGAGUGCAGAUGGGCUGUCGAAGCACCCCCCUCCCCUUUCUCAGCCUAACUCCAUCCCCACUGCUCCUUCCCACAAGACUUUCAGACGCUCUUACUCUCCCAGUAUGCUGGAUUAUGACACGGAGAACCUAAAUUCUGAUGAAAUCUACAGCUCUCUUCGUGGAGUCACAGAAGCGAUUGAAAAAUUUAGUUUCCGUAGUCAAGAGGACCUGAAUGAGCCAAUCAAACGUGAUGGAAAGAAAGACUGUGACAUUGUGUCUCGAGAUGGUGGCCUCGCUGUGCCUACCGGCGAUGUCCGUGGAAGCAGUGACAUUGUGGAAGGCGGAAGGAUGGCUCUAGAUAACAAAACCUCCCUACUUAACACCCAGCCUCCCCGCGCCUUUUCAGGGCCACGUGCUCGAGAAUAUAACCCUUAUCCUUAUGUCGACACAAUUAACACUUACGACAAGACUGCCCUGAAGGAAGCAGUGUUCGAUGAUGACAUGGAUCAGCUUCGGGAUGAAGUACCCAUUGACCAUUCAGAUUUGGUGGCUGAUCUUCUCAAAGAGCUCUCCAACCACAACGAGCGGGUGGAGGAGCGGAAAGGAGCUCUCCUGGAACUGCUAAAGAUCACAAGGGAAGAUAAUCUCGGAGUUUGGGAGGAACAUUUCAAAACCAUUCUGCUCUUGCUGCUGGAAACGCUUGGAGACAAAGAUCAUUCAAUAAGAGCCCUGGCGCUGCGAGUCCUGAGAGAGAUCUUACGGAACCAGCCGGCAAGGUUUAGGAACUACGCGGAGUUGACCAUCAUGAAAACACUGGAAGCACAUAAAGAUUCCCACAAAGAGGUCGUCAGAGCUGCUGAAGAAGCUGCUUCCACCCUGGCAAGUUCCAUCCACCCCGAGCAAUGCAUCAAGGUGCUUUGCCCCAUCAUUCAGACUGCAGAUUAUCCAAUUAAUUUAGCUGCCAUCAAAAUGCAGACGAAAGUCAUCGAGAGGAUUUCCAAGGAGUCGUUGCAUCAGCUCCUUCCUGAUAUCAUUCCUGGGUUGCUACAGGGUUAUGACAAUACGGAAAGCAGCGUCCGUAAAGCUAGUGUAUUUUGCCUAGUAGCAAUUUAUUCAGUAAUUGGAGAAGAACUGAAACCUCAUCUCGCACAACUCACAGGAAGCAAGAUGAAGCUACUAAACCUGUACAUAAAGAGGGCCCAGACCACCAACAGCAACAGCAGUUCCUCUUCAGACGUUUCAACGCACAGUUAAUGGAGAUAUGUGGACAUAUGUGUAGACUUAGAAGCAAUCAACGGUGCCUCUCAGAGACCUUUCUGCUACUCUUCACUGGCGUGCUCCAUCAGCUCAAGGAGGCCAUGCAGAUAUUUAUUGCAAUCAGUAUUUUAGUCCCUUAAAAGCUUUUAUGUAGAAUCUUAUUGGUAUUGAAUGUAAAGGAAGCAAGGUCUGUGUUGCAGUCUUCAUUAAAAGUGAACAACAGAAAGCCAUACUUAAACAUAUUUGUAUAGCCUGCUGAAAUCUCAGAAAUAUGUUUAGGUUAGCGUUCCAAAAGUGAGUCCGAGAACCUGGACACACGUAAAGGUCAAACAAAUCUUGUUGGUUUUGUUCAUACCCAGUUCUGAUUUCUGUGUGCUAGUUACCUGCUCUCUCCCCGUGGCUGCAGCCGUUCUGGCUAGGUUCUCCUCUUACAAGUCUUGUGGUCCUGUUUUGUACUCCCUGUUGCAGCUUGCCUGAUGCGCAGGGCUCUCCUUGAGGAGAUCUUUGCCAAUGUGGUCGAUUCCAGCCUCGGAUGCUUUAAUACCGGGAGAUACCAAGUGAGUAAUGAAAAAGUAGGUUCUUCUUAAACAUCUGAGUUUUUUUGUACAUAGUUCUUCUGACAGACCCCCGAUGGGCUGAUUUCUCUGUAACUGCUCUCCAGCCAGCUGUGCUGUGCAAAGCAGCUGGGCUCUUGCUCCUUUCAUUGACCCUGUAAAUAUUUCUCCCCUCCCAACCCAUUCAGCUCUUUCAUAUGCUCAAAAGACUCUCCAGGUUACUUGUUAUUCCCCAAAGGGAACCUGAGACCUAAUUCUGGGACCGAUGUCUGCGAUGGGACACUGGAGUUAGGUGGGCGGGUGUUGGAUUAGGCUCUGAGUGUGUCCAUGGGUGGUCAGUGGGAGCUGGCAGGGCUGUGUCUCGGCACAUUUUUCUCAAAGUCUUGUAGCAUCAAAGGGCUGCUCUGACCUGACCCGCUGGUGUUGGGUGGUGAAUGGCUUCAUCCCCACAACUCCUUUGUGCUUUGGGCAAAACGUUCCUCCCAGAGGACAGAAAGGGCAUCUGCAACUGAAGAAAAAGACCCCGUGGAAGCACCUGCUGAGCCAGCUGGGACAGUGCUGGUCGCCUGCCACAGCUCUCCUCCUGUGCCUGAAGAGCCUGCAGUGCUGUUGGCUGCCUUUAGAAACCUCCUUCUUCCUGGCCAGCCCCACGUGCAGCCCUGCUGGGCGCUCCGCGUUUCGGAGGGAUGCGGAGGGCCCUUGCUGGGUGCUGCUGUCAGCGGGGUGAGGCUGCGGCGGGGCAAAUCCUUCUGCAGCCUGAUGACACAGACCAAGUCAGAGCCAAACCAGCAGCAGUCAAAUGCCCCACAAAAUCCAACGGGAGACCCUUCUGUUUGCAAAGGGUGAGCUCCCCCUGCCUCUGCCUGUAACCAGGGGAAGCAGGAGGAUGGUAGUGCUGUGUUUGGCCCUGGACUGGAAUCCUGGCUGAUGGGCAUGCCCACCCCAAACCCGCAAUGGAUCAGAACUGAGUUUUUGCUCCCAGUGCCAGUGAUGCCAAGAGGAUGGUGGACCUGCGGCUUAUGGCUGCAGCUGUGGUGAUGGAUGUGUGCUCCCCAGCUGCUCUCAGUGCCUCGGUCUCCCUCCAGCUCCCUCCAUUUCCCCUUUGGGGAGCUGAAGAGACACCUUGGUCGCAUACUGAGGACAUGAGUUUGCAGUACCGCAGCACGGGAGUGCAGUGGGGAGGGUAAAGCCCCGUUGUCCUCCCUUUCCAUCAGGUCCUCCCUGUGUGUCUCAGCCCCAGCCCCCAGGAGCUCCGCUGGGAGGUGAUGCUUGGUGCCAGCUCCCCUCCCAGUCCCAGCUCGGGAGGGGUUGGGGCUGGUGGGGACUGUGUGGGGUUGGGCUGCAGAGCUUGUCGGUCCCUUUCCCUGCUGCCUUGAGAAGAGUGGAGGAGAUGACCUACUCCUGAGUUGGUCAGGAUGUGUCCAGGCUUUUACUGGCUGCAUCUUUCCCAACCAGUAAUGCUGUGGCAGGAGAAACCAUGCGACCCUCCUGGGUGGGAUUCCCCCAGGGUCUUUCCGCAGACUCAGAAAAGCCAUCCUCGGGAGGAGGAGGAUCGGCUGCUCCAUGGUUGGCAUCUCCCUUUCUGUGGACCAUAUCUUUUCAACACCUUUCAGUAUGCUUGUUAGAAUAUUCUUUUUUUAUUUUUUGAAUUAUUCAAAUUAUUUUAGUUUAACACGACUUUAUUUUCCCUUUUGAGGAAAUACUCAGCCGACUUGUUGGCAGCGGUUAGCUGUCUUGUCUGAAUUUUUUUCUGAAUUUUUAGUAGUGGGUUUGGUUUUUUGUUCGGUUUUUUUUGUUUGUUUUGUGUUUGGCGUUUUUUUUUUUUAAUUUGUACUCUGAUCGCUUAGUAUUUAUGCCGCUCUUUCUCCCCAUCUCAGUUCAGCCUCUUCUGUUCCAGUUCUGGGGUGCAGAAGGUCAGCGUAGCUGACCAGAUGGCGAUUAGUCCUGCCCAGCUGUGAUGGAGCGUGGUCCAUCACCGUUUGCUGUUUGUUUGUUUGUUUGUUUUUCCUUGAAUGGCACACUGUAGCAAAUCUCCAGGAAUUGAAUUCCUUCUCAAAUGAUUUUAUAUAUUUUAUAAAAUCCUGUUAGUAUGCACUGAGAGUGAACGCACUGUAACGUCCCCGGACUGACCCUCGCGCGUGCGCUGACACUACGGUAGGAGGUAACGGCUCGUCCCUCGACAGACGCCUGCGACCUGCCGCGGCUCUGCCACGCUGGCCGUCAGCCUCUCUUUUCCGAUACUAUUGGCACACUUGGAGCUGCAAAUGGUAGAACCAGGCCUUACUUUCUGAAUCAGAUUUGGUUCUGUUUGGCAACAGAUGCUCAUUAAUGUGCUACUUAAUUUUGUUACGUGAGUCAGUCGAGGACUGUUCAUCCUUUGAGUACUCUAGAAGUAUGUUAUACCUGUACACAGUAGAGAGCAUUCUGCUUAGGUAUUUAUAAAUCAUUGCGUAUAAUGUACAUAGUAAGGUUGUUUAGUAUGUUGAACAUGACCCGACUUUUUUUUUUUGUGUGUGUGUGUUUCCUUUGAAGUACUCAAAGGGCUAGCUCUGAAUGUCACCUCUCUGACCUCCAGUGUUCUGGCUUCCACAAAGCUGUACAAUCGUUUUGUUUUCUCUUCAGCAAGCAUAAAGGUCUCUCUGGCUACAAAUCCCAGUGUCCACACACGCUUGCAGAGAAAGAUCUGCACGCUGGCAGUGCCUCACCGCACCGGUGAAGCUCGUGUUCACCUUCUCCCAGCAGUAGCCACCUACUGCAGCUGCCUUUUUUUUUUUUUUUUCUUGCUGCCCAUUAUGCAGGGCUUCCAUUUUUCGUACCUUUCAAAAAGAAAAUAAAAAAAAAGAAAAAGAAAAAAAGAGGAAAAAAAAAAGUUUAAAAAAAAAAAAAAAGGUGUAUUUUCUUUGCCCACCAUGCUUUAAAAGUCUGAAAGGGAGAAAACUCCCAGCAGACAGCGGCUCCUGGCUGCGAGGUUGCCGAAAUCCUCUGAUGUGGAUGUUUUUUUUCUGCCAUUGGCUGCACCAGUGCUCCGUGGGCAUGGGCAAAUACCGGAUCCAUCCGCCCCACAGGUCUACGUACUGUAGUUCUCAUGUAGUGCAGAAAUAUCGAGGCAUGUGGCUUUCUUAAGGUACACUAUGUGUGCUUGCCUGGAUUACAAUACAAUACAAGACUGUCUUUUUUAUUGCUUAUUACUAGCUUACCAAUAACCUGUAUAAGUAAUGUAACUCGCAUCUUUGUCAUCAAAACCUUUUCUCCCCGCCCCUUUAUUUAUCAAGCAUAAUAUUACAUAUUAAGGGACAGAAAAAUAGACCUUUGUAGUAUACAGCAGGACGUUGCUAACAAUGUUUUAAAUGGGACGUAAAAACCGCUCUGAAAAAAUGCCAGCCAUGAGAAAUGACUUUGUUGGCACCGUGUUCAUGCGCAUGUAUUUUUUUCUAUUUUUUCCGCUUUUGUCAUGUUACAUCCAUAUCUGUAUUUAUAUCUUAUUUGUUUCACUUUUGAGUGUAUCAUGGCAAUUGUACAGAUGUUUUUUGUUAACAUUUACGUGAUAGAAUUUGCUAAAAAAAAAAAAAUUAAAAUAAAACCUUUUGAGUU